UCAUCUAGUGUGUUGAUUUCUAUCCGCAUAGUUUUUCUUGUAGCGCACUCGGUCUGAUGUUGAAAACAAGUUAGGAAGUAUAUGCGCGCGGAAAGCGAACCUGAAGGUGCCAAAUAUGUUGGUUCACCGCGUGAUCAGUUUUGUUCUCGCUCGUCAACAGAGAAUUCGCCCCACCCCUCCCAUACCGAGCAGAAAUUCCGUACAAAUCGAGCGUACUUGGUAUAGUCCAGUUUCAAGUAUCUAACCACCGCUAGUAAAUCCAUCCAUCCAAAUCUCUCUUCAAAUUCCGCUCUACAUUCGCUGCCCCCCUCUUUCCACAAUGUUCAUCAGUUGGGCACACAGCCAGAUUUGUACGCACGGGAUCAUCUCCCCGUUACUGUGAGCGGAAGGUUUUUGACAAUCUGGCUGUUUCUGUCCCGUUUUGUGACUCAUGCUCUUGCUCGCUCUCGAGACACCGUGCAAAGUGUCCCCAAAAUAGAAAUUUCAAUACGUGAUGAUGCACUCGGACACACGCAGUACAGUUCGUUGUUUUUGACAAAAAAUAAAAACCUUGUGAGACGACAACGUUCAACCGUCGUAAAUCCGGUUGCGGGCCGUGUUGUCAACGUCGUGUCUGCUUGGUACACGGCGCAAAAGACGCAGGGGUGACUGGUAGACAGGCAUCUAAUGUCGACCCUGUGCGGUAGAAAGAGUGAGGAAAAUUUAUCAUCGUAUACGGUGGGAGAAUGCGGAAAACUAAGCGCAAGGAACACCGAAAAGGACGAUCCUCCGCUGGCAGUGUGUUUUGUCGGUCAAAAUCAUCAAUACAGUGCGUGCCCGCAGUCCUUUUUUCUAUGAAGCAGCGCGAAAAAAGAGAGUCAUGAAAAGAGAUAGAAUGUGUGUAAGAAGUUAAAACGGGAGCGAUAGGAGAGAGAGAGAGAAAACAGUAGACGUUUUUGAGGGGUCACCCGAAAAAAUCAGCAAUGUUGUUGAUUAUUCCUGCUGCUUUACCGUAAUCGUCAGGAAUAGAGAAACAAUAUACAAGUUGGUUUGAAAUAUAAGAGCUUCAUGCAGCACUAUAGAAAGAAUCCAGGAAAUGUGAAAUUUAUUAACUUUCUGUAACGUUCUAGAACUGUAUUGAAAUGUAGUGACGAACGAUUUCAUGGUGGUUGUGUAGUUUCCACGAUGAUUGUGCCUUAUUGCAAACUUUUUUUAUGUGCAGAUAACUCGAUCUAAGAUGUCAAAUAAUGCUUCAAACUAUGUUCGCUAUGCAGGCUUCUAUUUUUUCAUUACUAAACCAAUAGUCGUCGAAUGGGAAAGAGAAAAAUGUAGUAUGUGUGAAGCACAAUAGCCCUUUCGAUCGUAAUCAUUUGAUUUGAUCAUUCGAGGAAUCGAAAACGGAACAUUUAUCUCUGACUUCCGACAAGGGAGCUGUGAAUAAACCCCGUCCCACUCUACACGCUACACUUGCAAACACACGCACACAGGCAACGCUAAAGCAACACGGACCGGGCAUAUACGGAUUCACGUUUGCACUCGUCUCAGCUGUCAGCCAAAGGGGUUGCAUAAUUGCAGCGCGAUUUAUUCAAAAAAGAAAUUGAGUUCGUUGCGCGGAGCAGUACACGAGCGCAGCGAACCAGCGCAAAGCAAGAAACAACGCAGAAUAGUCAUACUAGCAGCAACAGCAGAGUACCCCCACAUCGAAGAAAGCGACGUUUCUCGAUCGCGAUCGCGUAUCGUUCUAUUUGGUGCCGUACAUUUGUCUCCUGUUCCCGUGGUUCCAGAAUUUCUUAUGUGCCGUCAGUUCAGCCGGUGCCGGUAGGACGAAAGUAAACAUUAAGACGGAUAAAGCAUUAAAAAAACAAGACAAAAAGCAACGUCCCGUUUUGCACCGUUCACUGGUGUGCCGUGAAGGAAUUUUAAUUCGUGAUCGUGUUAUAGUGAACCUCUAUCAUUUACCUAGUCCUCGUGUACGGUGUGGAAAGUGGACAAAACAUUGUUUGUGAAAGUGAGUGCGGGCGUGAUUUCAAUAAGCGGUAUAAAAGCUAUUCUCAUUAUACCGUGUUUGUGUGGAAGUGGAAGUGGAUUUCUGUACGCACAAAUUAAGAGAAAAAAAGACCGGAAAACCCCCCUAUUUGAGCAGCUUUGCAGCAAUUCUUAUACAUCUAAAACAAAACCAAACAAAUCACAAGUGCGUUUAACUGAAGACAAAUAAUUCAACCAAGUGCAGAGCAGCUUAACAAAUGGACAUAUAACGAAUGAGCCACGCCUGUAGUUCUUCUGGAAGUGAGAGAGCUAGCAAAAACAAAUCAACCAAAUCAUCGAUCCUACCUAAUUGCAACUCGUACUCAGAACCAAAUUUUGUUGGAACAACUAAGAAACUUACACUAGAUAUAAUAUAUAUCGUGUUAUAUCUAGGGCGCUAGUGGAGAAGAAUAGCGUUCGGGAGAUAAUCUACAGAAACCGCAAGGAUAAUAACACCAAAAGGGGCACAUCAACGUUCCUUCGUGCAAGGAAACAAAAAAUACUGCAAUUCCGAGUGAAUUUGAAACAAAGAUCGAAUAAUACAAAACUACUAGUAGUAGCGCUGUAGGAAGCGGCAAGAAGAACUUUUCAGUAGCGAAAGUUCGUUCCCAUUCUUCGUGAUCUUGACAAUAUAUCUUGGUAGUGCUUAAAAGCUAAUAAUUCUAACACUAGCAGUACGGAAACGCUCUACAGUGUGUCACUCAUAGCAAGUAUAAAAACCACCGACUAGUAUAGCGCGAACCCGGAAUAUCACUAAUAACAACAGUACAUCUCUUACGAGUGUGUAAUUGGCGAUCUCGGCGAUCUCACCAGCAAAAGAAAAAAAACCGUCAGCGUGUUUCGGUCUUGGAGGUGUGUUGGAGCUGAGCGACGCGAUUUGACGAGACCCUAAUAAAUCCACCAGCACAAAAUAUAUCUAUCGUCAAUCAGCAGUGAACACCGAAAGCACACCACUAUCAUCAUCAUAAUCAUCAUCUUUUUGAAAGAUAUUCUUUAAACAAAUUUAUGCCGUUGAGUUCAACAAUAAAAACGAUUUAAACUACAAACAACUUUAAAAAAUCUGACAACACAGUACAGCGCAAACAGUUACAUAGCAAAUAGGAUUGAAAGUGAUACGUUAAGCAAUCCCUCUCCUUAAGCGGAACUGUGCAUAGGAUCUAGUACAACAGUGUUGCGCGUGCGUGUACGCAAAGCAGUGAAAAAUCAUAAUUAAGAAACAUUGCAUUCUUUAGAUUGGAAAGACGACGAACCCCGAGGGUUGCCAUUGGAGAAACAAAUACGAAACAACAUAACAUUAUCCAGCCUGCCAAGCAAUAGGAUUAGCUCUCCCGGCCCCAUUGCCACAGUGGCACCGUGGUGUAAAAGCAUAUAAAGUCAACCAAAAACUCCAAUAGAAUUACGAUUCCUAGCAGUAUUGCCAAGUUUCUUGUCGGUUGUUUGUUCAAGCACUCGUGGUAAAACAAAACAAGUAAACAAACAAACAAACAAAAAACGCUUAGCAGGCUGUAGCGCACUGCAAUUGAUCUUAUUACUAGUACACUACCGCAACUAUAUUACUAUUACUUCUAAUACCUUCUACUACAAACCAACCACCAGCAGCAUAUAGUCGAAAGUAGCAUAAUAAUUGUUGCUGUGUUGCCAUUACUCAACACUACUUCACCAACAAGUCUGAAUACGCUUUUAUGAAUUUACUUAACAAAAAAAAAGGAAAACAAAUUAUUGCUCGAUGUUACAAAACUACUACAAACUCAACCAGUAGAAACCACCAUUCGACAACUACUACUGUCGUGUUGAACGGAUUGCAAAACGGAAUACUGUAUUGUAGCAGUCAGUCAGAAGCUGUGUGAAGAACGCCUAGCAGUUACAACAAGGAGAAGCACUACGUCGGAACUGCGGAAAUACCAAACUAAUAUCCAUUACUACUACCACACAAUCGAUCUAUGAGUCUGAAAUCACACACAAUCAGGGAUUGUUGCAUCGACAUCAUCCUCUCUUAACGUAGCUAACUGUUUUGGAUCGUGUAAAAGCCAAACCAAGGGCCGGGAAUCGGUUCAAGUCGUUUCCCCAAAAGCUUGACAUAAUCUUUGCUCAUCUCUCCAUCUCGCCAAACAUUCAUUGUGCGUGUGUCCUAACCUGUGGAAGAAAAACAAAACAAAGCAAAACAAAAAACCAAUAAGGCCAAGGAGAAAGGAGGAGACAAAGAGAAGGAGAAGAGAAAAGGUGAUAUUAAUUUCCCUUUAUUAUGUGCCAGUGUUCCUUAGCGGACGCACAAACCAACGUGAAACCAGCCACUAGACUAAAACCGUUCGAGCAGUUUUUCGCAUCGCCCGGUGGUUUCUGCGCCGACGGCGAGAAGGAAACGAUCGACGACGACGCCCGUUCUGCUUGGUGGUAUUUAAAACGCUAAGAAUUUUGUUUUCUAUUUGGAGAAAGACAAACAUCAUCACAAAACACACACACAAAAACAGCCCCAUUCGCGGGAAGGUACAACUGGUGUAACACAGGUCAUUAUCAUUGUUAGCAAAGGGUAGCGCACAACCGCUGCCUGGGGCACUGUGUAUCAUUGGAAGUGAAUCAACCGUCGUCAUCAUCAGCGUAUCAGCAAGGGCGCGCAUCCCCGUGUUCAGGAAGAUGGUUGUCGAUCAGCAGGGCGAAAAGCAGAUGCAGAGUAACGAAAAUGACACUGUGAAUAUGAAAUGUGAUUUAUCUCAUUACCUGAUAGCUGUAAACAAAACUAAACUUAGCGUAAUUAGCGAAGCGACAGAUAAGAUGAUGAUGCCAGAGAUGGAAGCGCAGCAGCUGGGUGAUGACCAAAUUAUAGCAAUUAAGAAUUCCAUACGCGAACCACCACUGAAACACAAGGAUAAUAAUGCUAAUGUAACGGUAACGACGGUAUCAGAACAGCAGCUGAAGCAAAGCAGCAGCAGCAGCAGCAGCAGGAUCAACGAGAAGGAUCAAUAUCAGCAGUCAGCUCAACGGGAGGAAGUUUCAAGCACCAAUUUCGUACGGUUUGCAGAACUGUUGCGUUUGACGCAGCUGGAAUCGACCAUCCGGCAGCAGGCACCGCAUUACAUUCGUUUGAGGUUGCUGGGCGGUGGAGAAGAUUCCAUUAACAAUGGUACAAGUGCCUGGGGUACGCCCGCUGCAACGAAUAAUCCGACCGGAAGCACCUGGGGACCGAUUGGCGGCGGUGGUGGUGGUGGCUCUGCGCAGCAAUCGAAUUCAGCAGUCGGCGCACCUGGAGGUCCGCAGCAGCAAGGUACUGGUGCUUUACCACCCACCACCGGUGCAUGGGGUGGUGCCGGCCAGCAGAAUGGAGGAGGCCCCGGUGGACAGACAUCGAAAAACAACGCCGCAUCAUCGGUGAAUCCGAAUAGCGUAGGAGCGUCAGGCGUUGCACCGGAUGGCAGUGGCAGCAGUGGAGGAAAUGGUGGUAAUGCGGGCGCAGCAGGAGGUCCUUGGAAUGGACCAGGAGGAAACGCACAAGCUUCAUCUGCUGCGCAAGGCGCUCCGGUGGUGGUGGGUGCAGCAGGCAAUGGCAACAAUGCCGGUGGUGUAGGAGGUCCUCAGCAAGAUCAGGCUGGCGUUGCAGCAGGAGUGUCUCAGCAACAACAGCAGCAAGUUGGUGGAACAGCCGCAGCACAGCAACAGGCAGCUGGACAACCGGGCCAGCCGGAAGCAGGUAGUGGCGGUGCAUCUGCAGCACCAGGGGUAGGUGCAGCCGGUGCCGUGGUACAGUCGAGCGCCGCCAAAAACCAGCUAGAGCAUUUGAACUCACUGCGCGAAUCGCUGUUCGCUCAGGAUGGGUGGGGUUCGGAGAAUGUGGAUCAGGACACACUGUGGGAAGUGCCAGUAUCACCGGAACCCGGUGGUAAAACUGACCCAAAUAGUGCAACCAGCGGCCCUAUGGCAGGCAUUCCCAUGUGGAAGACAAACACGGGUACGGAGCUAUGGGAGGCGAAUCUACGCAACGGUGGGCAGCUUCCACAGCAGCAGCCACCUGCCCAGAAGACACCCUGGGGCCCGGCAAACAACUAUGGCGGCACCUGGGGCGAAGAUGAUGAAGCGAAUGAACCGGCGACCGGAUGGAACGGAUCGAUGGGUGCAGCGGGUGUUGCUGGAGGGCCGGGUGGCCCAGGAGUCGGCAUGCGGGAUCAACCUCCGGGACCGCAGCAAUCGCAGCAGCUCGCCGGCCAGCAGCAAGCACAGCAACCACCGUGGAACACGGGUGGUGUGGCCGGAGCUGGAGUGGGUGCUGGAGCCGGUGGUAUGUGGAGUGGUGGUAACGGUGGAGGUGCACCCGGUGGUGUCGGUGCGAUGACACCGAAUGUAGCGGCCGGGCUUAAGAAGGACAACGAGUGGGGUUCAGCAAUUGGUGCCGGUGGAGGAGCAGCUGCUGGCGGUAACGGUGCUUGGGGAGCGACUGGUGGUGGUGGUGGCGUUGGCGGUGGUGCCGCGGAUGGUCGUGUUGGCGGUAAUCCGGUUGCAGCACUCGAUCCAACUGGGCUUGAUAUGCGCAACAUACGCAUUGCUAGCGCGAUGGACAGCAAUCGCGAAAUCCGUGGCGAUCCGCGGGGCAUUUCGGGCCGGCUGAACGGAAACGUUGGCCUUUGGGAUCAGCAUCAAAUGUCGAGCAUGCAGCAGAAGAUGCCACCGACGGCUACCACACCGGGAACACCGACCGGUGGAGUGGGUGGACAGGGCGGCGGCAAUCAGUGGCCUUCGAACAAUCCGCUCGGCUCGGUUAAUAAUGGCGUGGCCGGUGGGGUUGGCGGCGGUGCCAAGCUGGUCGCCGGCUCGGGAUGGGAUGAUCCAAAUGCGGGCGGUGGUCCCCCGGUGGUGGGCGGCGUGCGUCGCAACAACAUGGACGACGGAACUGCACUGUGGGGUCAGAAUGCGCUCAAUCGCCAGAAUUCCGGUAACGUAUCGGGUUGGAAUGAUAACAGUGGCGGUGGGUUAGGUCCACCCGGUGCGGACGGUGGCAUGGGUCGCAAUCUGAUGCACCGAAAUGCAAUGGUCGGCGGUGGCGGUGGCAAUCUGCCCGGCAAUGGUGGACUGGUAGGACGUGGCGUCGGCCCAGGGGGACCGAUGAAACCGGACAGCCUGUGGGGCCAGAACCCGGCGGCCGCACUCGGUGCUGGACCGCGCGGUGGUGCUGGCAACUGGGGCGCGGACGAUGUACCGUCCGGGGCCGGUGGAAGCAACUGGGGAGACGAAAAACCGCCCGGCGGUGGAAUGGGUGGCAACUCGCUCUGGAACGACGGUAACAAUUGGAACAACAAAGGAAAGAUGUCCUCCGCUGGUGGUUGGAACGAUGGUACGCCCGGUGGUGCCGGCAGCGGCCCGGGCGGUAUGGACAUGGGCAACUCGGACUGGGGAAUGCCACCGCAGAGCAAACUGCCGCCAAACGGUAACAAGAUUAAUGCGCUCGAGAUCAUACGCUGCAGCAAACCUUACCGGCAGCUGUGCGAAAUGGGCUUCAAGAAGGAAGACGUUGAAGGUGUCCUGCGUUUGACGAACAUGAACGUGGAGGAAUCGUUGGAGUUGCUGCAUCGUAGCAGCGGCGGCGGUGGUUCGGAUUGGUCCCGUCGUCCGGAUGGUGGCCACGGUGGAUUCGGAGCGGGUGAUCAGUUUGUGGGUGGCGGCGGUGUAAGUGGACGUUUUGCUGCAGCAGCAGCCGGUGUUGGUCCUAUGGCGUUCCCGCAGAACAAUCAGAAUCUUGGUGGUGGCGUUUUCGGAGGCGGAAAUGGAUCAGCGGCCGGUGGCGGUUCCUUUAAUAGUAUGAAGUUUGGCGGAGGGGCCGGUCAUGGAGGUGCGGGUGGUAACGGUGGUGGUCCAGUCGGUGGAGGAGGCGGUGGUCCUCCGGGUGCAGGUGCUGGAGUGUUCGGAGGCCAACAACAGCAGCAGCAGCAGCAACAGCAACAACCCGGAGCACUCGGCGGCGGUGGAUUGAACCAGUCAAAUGCACAAUCGCAACAAAUAUCGAACCAUCAUUUGCGGCUGUUGGUGCAACAGAUACAACUGGCCGUCCAGAACGGGUACCUGGAGAAUCAAAUUCUCAACCAACCGUUGGCGCCUCAGACGCUGAUGCUUCUUAACCAGUUGCUGACCCACAUUAAGCAAUUGAAUGUUAUGCAAAACAAUCUGAGUCGUACCGGUGGCGGUGGUGGUGUGAAUGCCGUACAAAUGUCCAUUGCCAUUAACAAGCUAAAGUCACAGAUAGCGAGCUUGCAGAAUCAAAUCAACAUGCAGCAGGCGAACUACUUGAAGCAGCAGCAGCAACAGCAACAUCAACAACAGCAACAUCAGCAGCAGCCGCCCCAUCCGGGUAGUCUGAAUGCGGCCAAUGUGAACGUAUCAGCGAUUGCGGCUGGCGGCGGUGGUGGUAAUCAUCCGGGCAACGAUCUCUUCCGCGGUCCGUCCGACCUAGCCGGACUGCCGGGUAGCUUUGCAGAUAUGGCGCUAAAAGAUAGCGGUGGCGUGCCAUUCCCAUCCACCGGUAACACUAGUCAACAGUCACGGUUGCAGAAGUGGAAGCUACCGCCGAACAGUGCCACCGCAACCGGUCUCGACAAGGAUGGAUCGGAUCUGACCGAUUUUGUUCGAGCGCCCGGUGCCAGCUCCAAAUCUGGUCCGUCCGGAUCGGGCAUCGAUGAUGGUACUUGGUCGAACGGGCGUAACAAUCUAGGUGAUGGUUGGCCGGAUUCUAGCUCGCAGGACAACAAGGAAUGGCCCGGUGCUAAUGAUGCGUUCAGUGAUCUGGUGCCGGAAUUCGAACCUGGUAAACCAUGGAAGGGCACACAAGCGACACGAAUUGAGGACGAUCCAACAAUAACACCGGGUAGUGUUGCUCGCAAUCCAUUGUCGAUUGCUGCCGCCAAGGAGUCGAAUCUGUUCGGUGGUGGUUCUACCGGUGGCGCAACCAACAGCAAAUCAUCGCCAACGGAAUCACCCUGGAGCUUCAAUCCAUCCAGUGGUGGCGUGCAGGGCGCCAAUUAUGGUGGCAAGGUGCAGAAGAACCCUUGGCAGGAUCCGAACACACCGACCAUGCCUCCAGCGGACUUGUGGGAAACUCCGCUCGGUGGUGGUGGUGGUGGCAACGGUGCCAAGGGACGCGGUGUCGGUAUGAUGGGCGGCAUUGGUAAAGCUGGCGGAGGCAAGAUGGAUACGAACGGUUGGAACACACCGAGCACACAGGCCGGUGGCAGCAAUACGUGGAACAGUGCCGGACCGUCAGCUAACUCGUGGUCGUCGACAUGGAUUAUGCUCAAAAAUCUGACCGCACAAAUUGAGGGCUCAACUUUACGAACAUUGUGCUUGCAGCACGGUCCGGUCUUAAAUUUCCACCUAUACUUGAACCACGGUAUUGCACUGUGCAAAUAUGGCACUCGUGAGGAAGCGCAGAAGGCACAGUUGGCACUGAACAACUGUCAGCUGGGCAACACGACCAUCUGUGCGGAAAUACCGAACGAAAGCGACAUACAGUACAUCCUGCCACAUCUCGUAGGUAAUAGUAAUGGUAUGGCGAACGGAUUGACCAGUGGCGGUGGACAGAAUUGGCGGCUUAGUGCUGCAGCACAAUCGCAACCAAUGGUUGGAAGAUCCAACUCGGUCGUACAGGAUACGUGGAGCUCGAAUUCUUGGGGCACCGGCAACACUAGCUCCAACCUGUGGAACACGCUUGACGGUGGUCCCGGUGAUCGGGGCACACCAGCCAAUCUGAAUUCGUUACUGCCGGAAAGCUUACUCGGGACGGAAUUGAACUGAUGAUUCCGGCACAGCACCAUCGCUGCUGAGCGCAACUAACCAUAAGAAAACAACAACAAAAAUCUGUGCACGCGCGUGUGAAGCGUUGGCUCGAAAUCCAUCACUGCUGCUACUCCACCUCGAUCCGAAGAAGUAAGAACGUUUUAACUUGCAUACGCAUAUAUAGGUGAUAUCAUUACGAUGAAACACGGCGCAUAGAGCUCAGAGCUUUCCUCAUCGUCGUCUUCAUUGUUUCCUGCGCACUGAUAGCAGAUGACACAUCCCAAAAAAGUAAUACAUUGCUCUUAAGAUAGUUAAGGUAAGCUAUAAUAUGAUCAAAAUAUGAUGCCUCCCCGUAGUGAUUAGUGGUAGAAUUUAUUGUCGAUGAAAUAGUUUUUUUUUCGUUUUUUAAGGUAUUUUAGUUUGUUCAACCAAUCACACCAUAAUACCACACAAUUGAUUUACAUUAAUCGUACGAAACAUAGCGCCUUAAGUUAAAUGUUACACACUAAGAUACGAACAUUCUUUUCCCAUCCCUAUUUCUCUCGCAGAAUUUAAAUAAUAUUUUAAAGCUGCUGCUGCUUGCUGAUAUGCAAAAAAAAAAUCACACACAGCAAGUCAACAACACACAUUCGUAAAUCUAAACAAAUACUGCGUGCGAAUGAAUGCAUCCAUUGGUUUAAAAGGAUGAUGGGUGGGUAGCUGAAGCAAAAGGACGCAAACCUGCGAGAUUAACACUGGAAAAGAGAUAAACAGACGAUGUGUGGAAAUGAUGGCGUAAAACAAAAAGCAAAAAAAAAAAGAAACCUAAAAAGUGUCUUUUGAAAGUCAGCGGUUUCGCGUCUGGCGUAGUAUUAAGGUGUUGUGAAUGUUUUUAUCAUUUUUUAAACAAUGUAAUCUUAUACAAUUUAAAUAAUAUAUUAUAUAUAUUUGAGAAGAAGAAGACGGCAUGAUGGAAUAAUUAAUUGUGGAUAGAAAGCAAAACAAAAACAGAAAAAAGCAAGACAUUUUGAACAAGAACGCGAAAGCACUAAUAAUAGAACACAAAAUUGUCUUGUCAAAGUACUAACAAACAAAAAAAAAAGAGAAAAAAAAUCGAGACGUAACUUAAAAAAAAAUGCUAUCUCUACGUGUACGGAUGUAGAUCCAAAUGACUCGGGCCCGCAAGAUACAUUUCAAGUCAAAGAGAAUGAUCUAGUUCUAGUUGCAAGAGAUAAAUCGAAGAAAACUUGUUUUUGUUGAUUUUUGUUUAACGAAAAAUACAAACUCUUCCCCACCCUUUUUCUCCCAGUGGAGAAAUGUUUCCUUCCGCGCCUCCCUCUCAUCAUGAGAAAAUCUCAACGAUGAUUUGUAGUGAGUGUAAAACAGGGUGUGUGAUAAGGCAACAUGUUUUAUGUGAGAAGUGAACCCAACAUUUGCUUCUCCCGGUGAAGUGGUGGUAAAGAAUAAGUAAUAUUAAACUAACGGAAGUGUGCUACAAAUGAAAUCGAAAGCUAAUAAUGUUAUUAUGGCUAUAAGUUAUUGAGUACUCGAUUUAUAUACAGAGCAGAUAUUUAGCAUUUGUCCUAAGUGAUUAUUCUCCUUUUGUUUUGUUUUAAAACAUAAAUUAUCUCCAUCCACUUUCUUCCUCCGCUGUGUGGUGAAUCGUCCCUCCUUUUUAUCCCCAUCCUUCCAGUAGGAUGAUAAACUGUUUUUUUUCUAUUUUGAAAUUAUGAAAAAAAGGAGCCGACUGUAAUAGUAGCGCGAGCUCUCAUCAGUGGUGGAAGAAAGCGAUGAAAAGAGCUGUGGAAUAAUGAAAUACAUAAACAUAUAUCUACAUAUACAUAUAUAUGGAUAUAUCAAAAGAAACAACAAAAAAACAUUUCCUUUUUAUGACGCUUGUAGAAUCGGCUGUAUUGUGAAGGAAGACACACACACACACAGACAUUGCAUACACUCAGCCAAACAAAGCAAAUUAAUAAAGUAGUACACUAAAUAAAACAAUACUGACCCCAACUUCCCCCUUUCCCUCCCAGACCCGAUGUGAGGUCAUAAAUCACAUACGUAGCGUGCAUAAGAAUAGUGUCUAAGAAUGAUGUACCGUAAUGUAUAAGAACAAGAGAAAAAAAAAACAACAAAAGAAGAAAAAAAACGUAAAACCAAAACAGGAAAAUGAUAAAAUCAAAAACAAAAAAAAAGGAACAUAAGUUUAAGAAAUUAGUCAAGAAAAUGAAGGUAGAAUGAUUCAUUCAAUCAUUUUCUUUUCCAUAUGUGCACCUUGUUUCGCGCUGCCGUUGCGAGCGCCAUAUGCGACGUGCCGUUUCCUCGAGUCCUAUCCGUGCCGUGCGUUCUACUUAUAUCUUCGUUUUAUUUUUCACAGCGGAAGCGACCAUGUGUAUGUGUGUGAGACAGAUAGGACACGUACGUCGACUGUCUCUCCCGUCGUUUUGUUUUUAAUGUACGGCCAACGGUCCUAACCAAAUGACAGCUAAGCCAGUAGUAGCUAAAAGUAGCUGAUGCGCGUUCAUGCUUUCCAUAGACUUACACAGCACCAUAUGAAUCGCCAGCUCGCAUAUCUCGUACCUCGUCGUCCCAGGUUCUCUAUUGUUUUGUAUGUUUACUGUUUUGCUCGGUUUUAGCUUUGACUGUUUUGUUUCUGCAAUAACAUUGUGAGAUUAAAAAGACCUACAGAGAGAGAAAGAGAGAGAGAGAGAGAGAGAGCGAACGAAUUAAUAAUAUAAAGUAAUGUAUAAGAUAUUAAAAGUACGUACCGCUGAGUGAAUGGAUGAGUGUAUGGAAUUAAGAAAAAAGUGCAUAAAAAGUAUAAUAGUGAGAGAGAAAGAGAGAAAGAGAAAAAAAUGCAUAUGCCUAUCAUUAGUAGACAGGGGAUAGAAGGAGAUAAAGUAAAGACGCACUUAUGAUAAGCAAAAUCAAAAACAAACUAACAAAACCAAAUCGACCAGGAAAGACAUUGAGCAAUUAGUGUUUAAAAAUGAAAACAAAAGAAAAACAAACAAACGAUGUUUUACCAGUUGGGAUUUAUUGGACAAAAAAACAGAGUAAACAAAAAAAGUCAUGAACCUUUAGUUCGUUAAUGAUUGAUUUCCGUUUUUUUUUAUUUUUCAUACGUUAUUAAGUCUCACUUGCUUACAGCCAUAGGGAUGUUGUUUAUCUGUUUGUUUUUUGUUCUUUUGUUUUACUCAAAAUCAAGGAAUGUAGUGCAACGAACAAGAGAGUAGCAAAACCACACAACACUAACGAAAAUUUACAUUGUUGAGGGCGUGUGUGUAUGUGUUUAAUUGAUUUGUGGAUAGGAAAAAAAAACGUGAGGAAACAAUAACUAACAACGGGAAACGCUUGAUGAUAACUUUGAAAGCCAUUGUAGUCCAUUACCAGAGUUGAAAAGAAAGUGAAGUUUAGAUAAUAAUACACAGGCGAAGAGAGAGAGAGCGAGAGUUAGAGAGAGUAGAGAAAAGAAAGAGUAUUGAUAGAUUGCUAACCAAAUUUCUGUUCCUAUUGUGAAAUAUCCUUGGAUGCAGCGCGGGUGCGUGUGUGUGGUGCACACGAUAGUAGGUAAUCGGACACUUAAAGCACACUUGGUAAUGAUUUCGCGUUCAGACAAUAGCAAGUAAAAUCAUGCAAUUCCGUCUGGCUAAAGGCCAUCAGGAUACCGAUACCCACGGAAGCAUAUGAUAGUGCGUAUGUGUGCCGUGUGUGCUUGUGUUUAUUCAAGUCAAAAGCCUUAUGCUGUUAAGGUAUCACCUACGAAUACUUGUUCAGGGAAUGAAGCAACCGUUUACUAAAAUUAAUCUUUGUGUAGUAAUCAGCGCACAGAAGGGUCAGUUAGUAUAUAUGCGUUUAAGGUUUGCCUUUACUUAAGGUGUUUUCUUAUGACGAACUGUGUGCUAUAAUACGUGUGUAGCUUUUGCCGUAUUGGAACCAUUUAUGCCCAUUACUACACUGGAACGUUCGUUUUAGACUGAUCACACACAAAAAAACAUAAGUAAACGAAGCUAUAUAAUUCAGUAUAAGCUUGACUGCACAUGAGCCUUUAUUAAGCAUGUGUGUGCGUGUGUGUUGUGUGCCGUGGUGUUACGUUAAACGCUGACAGAAUGAUUAUAAAUUAUUUAACCAUUGUAACCUUUAUAUUUGCAUUCCGCGAUAAUUAACUGCGCUGUUGUUUUAUUUGCGUUUUGUGCUAAAGCCAUACGAAAUGCAAUAUCUGUGUGCUUUGCUUCUUUAUAUGUGCUAUGCAUAUGUAUAUCAAGGGCCGUGGGAAAUCAGGAACCAGAAGCAAAUAAUGAAAAACAAAAAAACCAAUCUCAACCAAAGUACGAACGCCAAGACUUUCUUUCGGUCUGAUAAGGUGAAUGAUGGAAGAAAUAUAGGUGGAAAAUUUUCACUUGUAAGCCGUACUUUCGCUAAACAUUAAUAUCCGGAGUAUCUUUCUCAAAAAAAAAAAACACCGGCAAAGCAAUGUAUGAAGUGCCUAUAAAAGGAAUAGUAUGUAAAUCACUAUUCUGUGCAUAUUUUAAAACGAGCGAUCGUGGAUAUAUAUAUUUUUUUCAUUAUGUGCAUUUGAUUUGUAAACCUGUUGAGUGUAGGCAUUCUUUUCGCCAAAACAAAACAAACAAUCAGCUUGAACAAUAAGAAAAAAGCACACUCAAACAACAUUUAAGCCAUUUUGUUGUGAAAAAAAAGUAUGUGGUUCAUUUUUGGUGGGCAAAGAAGUGCAAUUUUUUUUUUUUGUGUGUGUCACACAAUUAUUAUAGUUGCUUAAGGAAAUCGAUCUUUUUUUUUGAAUAAGUAUUUGUUGUUUUGUUUCGCUUUCGGCGGGCGUAUUGUUAAUCGGCACACAUCAUCACAUCAUUAAUUGGUCAGAAUUAGUGUUCUUUCUUUUUAUGUGUAACGCAAUACUCUUUUCGUUUUGUGUCAGGCACCCCACGUGUUCGGUCGCGCAAAUUCCACGCAUAGAACAAAAUAGGGAAAAGGACACAAAAGUUGGUGUCGCACAAUAACACACCAGAAAACACAGACACACACCCACACACACACACAUACAGAAUUCCAAGGAGAUGAAUUAGGGCGUUCAGCAAAUGUGUUUAACUUUCCGCAUCGUACUCUUGUGCUCUAGGUUUCGUUAAGGUUAAAAUGCUAUAUUAUACGCUAAAGUCAACAGCUUCAUGUCAUACACUCCGCCAGAUACACUCCGGAAUGCUAGUUUUCUAGUUUAAGAACAAAAGCUAAAAUAAAAAAACACACACAAACAAACGCAAAGGAACAUAUGAAUCUUAUCCACUCUCCUCCUGCUGCUGUGUCCGUCGACUUUGUCGCACGAACAAACAUAAACAAAACGGGAUGGAUUGUAUUACCAGUGAAGUGUUAAGUUAAGUUGCGGCAGCAGCAAUGCGCAAGCAGUAGUGAAUUGAAUUCGAAUUGCAUAGGGAGGAAAAGAAGCAUCAAAAAGAUUGCAGCACAAAGCAAAUCGUGUGUUAUCGAUAUUCCAGUUUUCGGUAUUGCAACAUUAUACCGGCCAGGCAAUAUAAAAUGUAUGUAAACAUGCACAAUCCGUACUCAAAAGUAUCGUCCCCAUUUAAUAUGUGUCCCUCAGUUAGGUGUAGUUGGCCGGUUGAACCAAUACGAACGCGUGUUUAAUUAGCUGGUAAGAUAUCUUUGUAAGCAUCUGCCACCAAUCAAAGUGAGAGAGAGAGAGAGAGAAAGGGAUUAAAUGUACUAAGCGAAUGUAGUAGUCCGUAAGGAAUUAGUAGCAGCAGUAGUAGUAAAAGCAAAGAAGGAGUAGUAUUUUGUUUUCUCUUGUGUUUUUUUUCAACCCGCAAAAACAUACAACUGAUUGUGAAACAUCAUCCCUUUAUCACUAAUACUACUACUUCUAUUACUACUAAACUGCUUUGUUGGGAGGGUGUGAUGAAGUCAACAAAACUCCCAAAGUGCCCAGUUCAGGAGAGAGACGGAGAAAACAGAAAGGGAGAAGCAUUAUUGCAAGUAUGGAAACACUUAUCUUAGAGGAUAAAUUUUGUGAUAUACUAUUUUCCAUACAUACGCACACCAACACACACCAACACACAAACGCACAUACGCGGAAUAGCUCCGUGUAUGUUUGAUUUAUAAAUAAAAACGUCCCAAAUAGAAGAAAGAUGAUACAAACAAAAACAAAACACCGAGCUGUAUAACUAGUACAUUUACCUCGAAGGGGUUUUUUUUUCGUUUCUGUUUUGUGGGUGAGAAAUAGGUGAUGGAACUCUCUGGGAAGAAAGGUGGUUAAAUCGAAUCAUAGCGCAGACUUAGAUUUUAGCAGGUAAGCAAGCCUAGAACAAGAAGGGGAUUGGUACGGAAACGAUAGGGAUACGAAGCAACUAAAUUAUGUGGUGCUUUAAAUUUGUAAAAACCAUUUGUGCUUAUGCUCAAUGGGCUCAAAAGAAGUCUGGUUGAAGGUUUGGUGUCUUUUGGUAUUAUUUUAGAAGCAACUAAUGAAAGUGGAGAAAUGGAAAAACAAACAAGUGAAGAAGCAAACGAAUUCAAAUUUUACAUGCAGCACACAUCCUCUCACACUGUUUCUUUCGUUCCGUUCUACAAUUGAAGCUGAAUUAAUUUCCAUCAGAAUUAUGUCGUCUAGUGUGAUACAAUUUUGCCACCGAAAAUUGUGUUCCACGUUGCUCUCGGUUGGAUAAGGCACAAGCGGAAUGUUGUCUAACGCGCGCCCAUUUAUCUGUGCUUUAUGUUUUUCCUUAUUGCUGUGAGUGUAUCAAGGAGAGCAGAUCCUGACAUUCGUCUUCCAGUACAGUUUGUGUCUUUCCAGUUUGUCUAUUUCCUUCGUGGUAAAUUUAAACCUAAAAACAAACAGACAUACUUUAUCCAAGUGUAAAGGCUAAACAAGAGGCUUAUUUUACUCGGCUAUCGCGCGUACUACAACGCAUAUACUAACAACCAUAGCAAAUUACUAGGAAGAGAGUUUUUGAGGAAUGAAGUUUUGAUAGUUUCGAAGGGAAACCGGGAUUUUUUCUAUUUGCUUGCACAGUUUUCUAUUGUGUUUAGUGCCAAAAUCUUUGCAUCGUUAUCUUGAACGUUUCCUUCAGAUGGACCGGACCGGGACUUUUAGAUAGGACAAUUGCUAGUAGUUGCCUAAGCGUUUACGAUUCUAUGUUGAGUUCUCUUCACAAAACUGAUCAGCUUAAUCAUGAUACACCGCCCAUCUUAGUAUAGCUCUAUAUAUGCUGAUGCUGAUGACUCUACUUUCGUGCAAUAUAUUUAAUGAAUGGUGCCCAGUAGCCAGUGAACUAGAGGAUGGCAACUAGAGCGACAGGUUGCAAUUGUUUACCGAUUUUACCAGACAUUUGUCACGAGCGUUUGUAGGCUGUAAAAAAAGUAUAAUUUGUUGGCUAUGUUUUUAAGUUUCCCUGCCGAUAUCAAGUGCUCACGAUUUAACGACAAACCCUCCGCAUACAGAAAGAUGUUUGGCUUAAGGAAAAACAUAACAAAAAAACACAAGGCACACACACACAUAUACGCACACACUCAUGGAUGCACAGUUUUCCCUGCGAGCAAAUGUUGCUGCGAUGCUGCUCCUAAUCAUGCUAUAUGAAAUAUAGAAUCGAUCGAUGUUGAUCGUACAACAGUCAACGAUUAUGGAAGCUCCAGUUCUUUGAGAACGAUCUUGUGUGAUAAAAACGUUGUGUUAAAUUGCAGACAAAAAAAGUGGAAAGGAACAAGGCAACAUUAAAACAAAACAAUCAGAAAAACAUGAUUAGGUUUCAAACGAAAUGAUAAAUUGGCAAACUGCUGCUACUAAAUCUUGUCUGAACAAAGCGGGAAAGUAAGAAAUGAAAUGGCCAACCAACAAAUCCAUUACACUUAGAACGACAGUGAACAAACGAAAGCGGAAACAACGAGCGCAAAUUUUAGUUGAAGCAAUUUGUUUUUUUUUUAAUUUCUACAUUAGUUUUGUUUUUGUUUUAUUUGUAUGAAUUAUGUUGUGAAACGAACUUGUGUUACGAAUCUAGGCUAUCUUGAUGGAAUGAUCAACCCCAACCCUCCAGGCUGUUGUAACCAUUUGCUCAUAAUUACGCUAUGCUUCAUAUUAUGUUUAUGUUUUAUUUCUUACAUUUCAUUAUCUCUCUCUCUCAAGUAAUCGCAAAUACAAAACAAAACAAAGGAAGAAAACAAGUACUAGUGAAACACAUUCCAAAAGAAAAGAAAAAAAAACAUCCAGUCAUAAUGAAGAAGUAUACUUAUGAAAAAAAUGUGCAUCGUAAAAUGGCAGGAAAAAUAGUUACGUGUUGUUGUAAAAAAAAAAACAAUAUAAAAACCGAAAAAACCCUUUUACGAUACUCAAAGGCUGUCGAAAUUAACGAUUACGUACAGAGAUAGAAUUGCAAAACUGUGUUCUUUAUGGUUAUGUUUUCAAAACCCUCAACGCACACGCCAAACAUAUAACUUUCGGUGUUUAGUAAAAUGAAUGAUUGAAAUGAAUGAAAAAAUUAAAAAGAAAAGGGCGUAAAAGGGUAGACGAAACAGUAGUCAAUAUGUAGGAGAUAAUACUGUAAGAGAAUAAUGUAAAAAUAAUCAAAACAUCAAACGGCAAAAGAAAAACAAAACCAUACGAAAGUGACGCUUUAAAUCGGAAAUCGAAACAAAAUCAACCAUGUGCGUUUGUAUUUAAAUAUAAAACACACAUUUCUCUCUCUCUCUCUCUCCCUCUCUUUGCACUGUUCCUUGUUACGCGUGGUACCGAAGCUCAGCGGGAAAGCGCAUACUAAAAUGCAAUGCAAUUACGUUUAUAUUAAUAUACAUUAAUGCAACUUUGCGUAACCUGCUCCUGGACCUUAUGAAUCUUUAUUAGCGUUAUACGCAACAUCGAAGCUUUCAAACUCUACGCCACAUCAAACAAGCAACAAUCAGUUAGUUUAGUUAUAUGUUUUUUUUAUGUUUUGCGGUUUUGAUAAAUGCGCGUUGUUUGUUUUACACAUCGCCAUAUAUACUCUGUGGCCUGAUUGGAUGGAUAGAUGGAUGGAAGCCAUCCACUUAUCUUAUGCGCUUUUGAAUAUGUUUUGUUCUUCUUUUAAGUAUUUAAAUGCUGUUAAGAGAAAACGAUUCCUUUUUGUACACGUGCGCGCGUGUGUGUUUGGUUGGUUGAUAAGUAGUCAUAAAAGGAAACCAACUUAUACGCACGCACACGCAGUUUAUGUUUAUGUUAACACACGCUAAUUGUUACUUUUUGGGAGGAAAGAUGGAAACCGUAUGUACUUGAUCACGAUGUGCAACCUAUAAAAUAGUUUAAGCUUUAAUUUAUUUAGUCUACAGUGGAAAAGCAAAUACUGGAAGUAAAUAUAGCCUAACAUACGCAAACACACACACACAACACAUUUUCUCCCUUCUGAGGUGUGAUUAUUAUUUACUACACUUAUUGUAUCGAUCGUAUUUAAAUUACGUUCCGUUCCUAUAACAAAAAACACACAUGUCUUUUGGGAAAGAAGGAAAAAAAUUGUACAAGAAGAAAAUUUGCGUACGUGUGUGUGUGUGUGUGGUUGCGUGUGUAUAAGUAGAAAAAGGAAACCAGUAAAACAUAAGCAAACACAAAUCGCAACAACAAAAGCAAACAAGAGUGAAACACUUUAUUAAUUUGUAAAAAAAACAAACAAACAAGAAACAAUGACAUACAACUAAAACGGCAUCACGGUAAAUCUAGCGCAACAAUGGUGUACAACACAGACACAAAACCAUGGCAGUCUGCAUAUCCCCUAUUUUUUAAACUUCCUUACUGUACCAGGGACAAACACUAAUCUCCUUGCAACUUGUUCCAAUAGAUAAAUUGAUCUGUUCUGGGGUAGGCCGGAUUUUGUUGGUUCUUUCGUUAUAUUUUUUGCUUUGUUUUUGCUGUUCUAAUGAGCGUAUCACACGCGUAUUUAUAUUGUGCUCAUAAUAUUGUUUGUGUCCCCCCUUCAAAACAGAAAAAGCAAUUUUAGUAUGUAAACAAAACGGGAAGAAUUUAUUUAUACACCAUAUCUUUGUAGAAAUAUUCCAUCGUUAAUGUGCGGAACGGAAGGAAACCAGCAAACAAAGAAACAAACAAAAGAUAAAAAAGAGAGGAAAAAAAAACAAUGCCAAGAUCAAUCAAAUCGCAAAUAUUAUUAAGCAUGAGAACUGUGUCUUAUUAAGCUCCUAUCCAAAACAAAUUGUAACACACCUCCCCCCCUCCACAUACAUACACACAAUUUGCUUAUUUGAUUCUUGUUUAAUUAGCAAUAAUAUAUUAUUACUUUUUAAUGGAAAACCCAUUUUUUUACAUUCUGUAAGUAUAAGUGUACGCGAAUCUUGGUAUAGAGGUAUAUUUUUGGCUUCUCUUUUUACACACGGGAUUUUACGGUGGUGAUGGGCUCGAGUAAAACAUAGUAACACAAUGAAAUCAAGUAAUUGUGAUCGCAGGCAGUCAUGAUUAAUAGUAAAAUACAUGUAAACGAACUGUAUGUACGUCCCUUCAGCAACAGAGCAGAACAGAUCUCACUUCCGUCUACGUGUAGUGGUGGGUGGAAAUAAACGAGAUAUCCACGCGAACGAAUAUGGCAAUAUGGUGUACUGGUGUGGUGUCCAUAAGUAACAGAAGGACACUACCAUCUGGUGGUUGUUACCUUUUUACCUUUUUAAACGAACGAAAUGUGCGUGCGUGUGCGUGUGUGUGUCGUGGUACACAAAGAAAAGGACACGCAUAUGUUGUUUUUUUUUCGUUUCAUGUUGAAAUAAUUUGCAAUUUCAAAUCUACUAUCGAUGAGUGCUACUAGCAAUUGUAGAACCCUAUGUAGUCCCCAUUAUGGAUCCAACCGUUUACUUUAUCUCGUCUUACAUUUUGUGAUUGGUCGCAAUGCAAUCAUCGUUUCGUGUUGUUUGUAAGUCAAUGAAAAAAGAGGUGCCAUUACGUUUAUUAUUAUUACAAUGUAUGUUUUCCGCCUAGUGCAUUACUACUCCUGGAGUAGUUAGUAGAUUUGAAGAAACGACAAAUGAAAACUAAGAAGAAAAAACAAUUAAACGCAAAGAAGAUCAAAUUUGCAAUAUUUUUGAAGAGAGAGAGUGAGAGAGAGAUAGAGAGAAAGAGAAAGAGAAAGAGAAAGGAGGUAUGAACAAGCGCCACCUGGUAGUAGAUUAGGUGCUGUGUUGUGAUUCGCUCAAACUGCCCCAAAGCUGCACAACAUGAAGGAAAAGCUCAUAAAAUCACAUAGAACAAUGGAGUAAAAUAACUUUUCGAAAGGUACUACACAUAUAUUUUUUCUUAGCAAAAUGGAGAAAAGUGUAAACUCGAGUGAAAAAACGAACCGAACGUGUAUACAAGCUGAUACUCAUCACACUACUACUAAACUCACUUACCUAUAGAGAGAGAGAGAAAGAGAGAUAGAAUGACACACACACACGUACACACAAAAAUGCAGCAACCAAAACCAGAUGGAACAAUACAAUAAUGAUAAUGAUAACGAAACAGUGAUUACUAAAACGCUAAUCGAUCUAAGCAAUGAAACUUAAAAACUGAGUAAAGAUAUAGUAAAAACAAGAAAGAAGAAAACACCGUAGAAUACUGGUGGUGAAAAUCAUUAGCUGUGUAACGGAUUAUCUAGCAAAGAUUAUGUGCAAAGAAGGUGGGCUGAAGGGGUAAAUCUGUAACUUGGUGUAUUUUGUUUUUUUUUUGCAUGCUGAACAAAAGAAAGAAGAAAACAAGAAACAAUGGUAGAAAAUUGUGAGGAUGGAAACAACGUGUGCACGGAUUUACCUGCCUGGUUCUGCCUUUAUGUGUCCUUCUUGUUUUAUUUAAACUUCAUAAUUUAAUAACCCAAAAACAACAAACGGUAGUGAGAAAAUUAAUAAGCAAAUAAAUCAACAAAACAAACAAACAACGUACGAAAAAGGAAAAAAAUAGAAAACCAAACAAAACCACUUUGCAAAAAAAAACAAAAAAAAAACAAAAAACCCCAAAGCGAAAUAUAGAUCACUGUAUUAUCAACAAACCACACUCAAGACAAACAAAAAACAAAAACAAACAUACAACUAAUGGUGCAUAUUUAGCUGAGGAAUCAUGUUUUUACAUAAUAUACACAGGAUGAGAGAGUACUACCGAAGAUGUAAAGCGGUGGUACGAAUGUUAAGGAAAGUGGCUUGUUGGAACUGUGUUGCGUGUGUUGAAUUGUGUAGUAAGCGUUUGCGCACAAGAAGCAUGCACACUAAUAAACAGGAAAAAAGUAUAUAAGCAAAGGUGCAUAAAACCGUGAAGAAACAUUUGCAAACCGUCGGAAAAUGAAUGAAAAAGUUCAAGCACAUGAAAACGAAAAUGAGACAAAAAAAAAAUAGCGGGAGAAGAAAACGAGAAAACACGAACUUCAAAUGCGCAUACAAAUUUCACAUUGAAGAGACUGAAAUGCCAAAUUAAUCAUACCUUAUAGAAGAGAAAAAAGGGAGAAACAUAGUAGAAAUCAAACACAAAAAAGCAACAAGCGCGCGCGGGAGGGAAUACAAGCGACAAAUGUACUAAUAAACUCUAAACCACAACCGUUAAGCACGCACACGUACACACAUACACACAUACACACAAAAUCUCCCGUUCCCCUCCCACAAAAACGGAUACACCUACACACUUACACGUUCAGGAUCUAAAAACACUUACAAAAUGCGUGGCCAGAGGGAAUUUACGUGCUUAGAUGUGUUAUUGAUGAAGGCCGGUCGAACAGGAAUGCAAUCCGGCGUAAACGAAAAACGGCAAAACGGAGACACGAAUAAGAAAUGUGUGGAUCAAACGUCAAUACAACAAGCGCGGAUAUUAGUGAAACACUAUAAAAUGCAACGUACAGAGCAACGCAAAUGAAAUAUAAAAAUUUUCGUAUAUUUAUGAUGAUUGCAUACUGCGUGUUGCAUUAGGAUAUGACAAAAAAAAUCAACCAGAACAUGGAUAGGAACGAAACAAGAAAGAAAAAAAGAAAUGAUAUAGUAAAGAAAACAUCAACAAAGGCUACUAAACCAUGUAGGCUACUAGAAAAAACAAGGAGGACAGAAGAAGCAAAUGUCGUUAAGAAGAAUGUGAAAGAAAACAACAAAAACAAAAAAAAACAGUAAUAAUGAUUAUUGAUAGCAAAAGUAAGACUUUUUCUGCAUACCCGACUCUGAUAGAGGAAGAGUUACAUUUAUAAGGUUCUUAAUGUUCAAUAAACGGUCAAAAUAGUGCACA